AUGUCUCACCGUUGGGAAGAAGCUAUGAACGGUCCUCUAGCCGAUGGUUACAUGGAAGCAGCAAUCAAGGAGAUCAAGACCCUACAGCAAAUGGAGGUCUGGGAAGUGACAGUCCGCCUCCUCCUAAUUCUAUUCCUUGUACUGGGACUCAAAACUAAGCAAGUUGAUUACACCGCUUCCUUCACUCAUGCACCCAUAGGAGACAAGGAAGUCUUCCGUGAAAUGCCCAGAGGCUUUGCCAAAAAAGGAAAGGUAUUGAAACUCAAGAAAAGCCUCUAUGGGCUCAAGCAAUUGCCCGUUAAUUUCUUCAAUUUCAUCAAAGGGAAGCUGGAAAAUGCAGGAUUCAAAUCUCACAAAGAAGUUGAUCCAUGUCUCUUUAUUUCAGAUAAAGUUAUCUGCCUUGUUUACAUCGACGACACAUUGUUCUUCAGUCCUAAAGAAGAGUACAUAAACAAAGCAAUGGAGAGUUUGAAAAGUCAACGUGUUGCAGUGGAAAUCGAAGAUUCUGUUGCUGGAUUUCUUGGAGUCCAAUAA